GCGGCCGGGGCGCAGCCGGCAGAAGGCAGCCGGGCGGGCAGGGUGCGAGGCGCGCGGGGGCCGCGCCGAGGGACGCCCAGAGCGGACGCCGAGAGCAGCGGGAGCGGAAGGAGCGGAGCGGGGAGAGGAGGAAAAGGAAAGGGCGAGCGAGCCGCCUUUCGUCCGAAUUGCGGGAAAAUUCUAUUUCGCCAGCGGCUCCCUCUCCUCCAGCCGGCUGCAAUGCUGCCAGCCACGGCGCUGCCCUGGACGUUGUUUUUCCUCGGAGCCGCAGCCUCUCUACAAGUGGAUAUUGUACCAAGUCAAGGGGAGAUCAGCGUUGGAGAAUCCAAGUUCUUCUUAUGUCAAGUGGCAGGAGAAGCCAAAUACAAAGACAUUUCCUGGUUUUCUCCUAAUGGUGAGAAGUUGACACCCAACCAACAGCGCAUCUCAGUGGUGCGGAAUGAUGACUUCUCUUCCACUCUCACCAUCUACAACGCCAAUAUCGAUGAUGCUGGCAUCUACAAGUGUGUUGUCAGCAGUGUGGAGGAAGGAGACUCUGAGGCCACAGUCAAUGUGAAAAUUUUCCAAAAACUAAUGUUCAAGAAUGCUCCCACCCCUCAGGAAUUCAAGGAAGGGGACGAUGCUGUGAUUGUGUGUGAUGUGGUCAGUUCACUGCCUCCUACCAUCAUCUGGAAACACAAAGGCAGGGAUGUUAUCCUAAAAAAAGAUGUCCGAUUUAUAGUCCUGUCCAACAACUACCUGCAGAUCCGCGGAAUCAAGAAAACAGAUGAAGGAACGUACCGUUGUGAGGGUCGGAUCUUGGCUCGUGGGGAGAUCAACUUCAAAGAUAUUCAAGUCAUUGUGAAUGUGCCUCCUUCUGUGCGUGCCAGACAGAGCACUAUGAAUGCCACUGCCAACCUCAGCCAGUCUGUCACCUUAGCAUGUGAUGCUGAUGGCUUUCCUGAGCCAACCAUGACGUGGACAAAGGAUGGAGAGCCAAUAGAACAGGAGGAUGACGAAGAGAAAUACAGUUUCAACUCUGAUGGCUCUGAGCUGGUCAUCAAGAAGGUGGACAAGAGUGACGAAGCAGAGUACAUCUGCAUUGCUGAGAACAAGGCUGGCGAGCAGGAUGCCACCAUUCACCUUAAAGUUUUUGCAAAACCCAAAAUCACAUACGUAGAGAACAAAACAGCCAUGGAGCUGGAGGAUCAGAUCACACUGACCUGUGAGGCAUCUGGGGACCCAAUCCCAUCCAUCACUUGGAGAACUUCCACACGGAACAUCAGCAAUGAAGAAAAGGCUUCGUGGACCCGGCCCGAGAAACAAGAGACCCUGGAUGGGCGCAUCGUAGUACGUAGCCAUGCCCGGGUGUCGUCCCUGACGCUCAAGGAAAUUCAGUACACAGAUGCCGGAGAGUAUGUAUGUACAGCCAGCAACACCAUCGGGCAGGACUCCCAAGCCAUGUACCUCGAAGUGCAGUAUGCCCCCAAGCUUCAGGGCCCUGUGGCUGUCUAUACCUGGGAAGGGAAUCAAGUGAACAUCACCUGUGAGGUAUUUGCUUACCCCAGUGCUGUCAUCUCCUGGUUCCGGGAUGGACAGCUGCUUCCUAGCUCAAACUACAGCAACAUCAAUAUCUACAACACUCCAUCAGCAAGCUACCUGGAGGUGACACCAGACUCUGAAAAUGACUUUGGAAACUAUAACUGCACUGCUGUGAAUCGCAUUGGCCAGGAGUCCUCAGAGUUCAUCCUUGUGCAGGCAGAUACUCCGUCCUCUCCUUCCAUUGACAGAGUGGAGCCCUAUUCCAGUACUGCCCAAGUGGAGUUUGAUGAGCCUGAAGCUACCGGUGGGGUGCCCAUCCUCAAGUACAAAGCGGAGUGGAGGGCACUGGGCGAGGGAGAAUGGCAUUCCAGGUUGUAUGAUGCAAAAGAAGCAAAUGUGGAGGGCAUGAUCACCAUCACUGGCCUGAAACCUGAGACAACCUACUCUGUGAGACUCUCUGCAGUCAAUGGCAAGGGUGUGGGUGAGAUUAGCCUGCCAUCUGACUUCAAGACACAGCCAGUUCGCAUAUCUCAUUCACCAAGUGCUGCUGCCCCUACCUCCUGUUUAGCAGAGACAACUCAGCAUUUUAUUGAAUCCGAAAGCACAGAGACACCAAGGGAACCCAGCGCACCCAAACUGGAAGGUCAGAUGGGAGAAGAUGGAAACUCCAUUAAAGUGAAUGUUAUCAAGCAGGAUGAUGGUGGCUCCCCAAUUAGGCAUUAUCUGAUCAAAUACAAAGCUAAGCAUUCUUCAGAAUGGAAACCAGAGAUCAGACUUCCCUCUGGCAGUGACCAUGUCAUGCUCAAGUCCCUGGACUGGAAUGCAGAGUACGAGGUUUAUGUAAUAGCUGAAAACCAGCAAGGGAAGUCCAAACCAGCUCACUACGCUUUCCGAACUUCUGCUCAGCCUACUGUCAUCCCAGCGACCUUGGGAAGUCCAUCAACGUCGUCCUCCUUUGUUUCAUUGCUUCUUUCUACAAUGACUCUCCUUUUGCUCUGUUAGGCACUGAAAACAAAAUACAGCAAUAUUUGCUUUAAAAGGCCUGGCUCCUACAAAGGCGUGAAAGCAAAUAGUUUUGCUUUGGAGGAUCCUGUCAUUUCAGAAAGAAACCCCACAAAAUAUAAAAACAAUAGAUCAUUUUAUUUGAAGGAGUAAAUAUUUUGUAACAAGGGGUGGAAAAGGUUUAAGCCAAGUGUUUUCUCUUAAAAAUUUUUGUUACUUAAAAUCAAUUUGCCAUUUUUUAAUGGAUGAAAAGAGAUUUUUUGUUUGCUUUAUUUUUCAUCGUCGGAAGGUACACUAUUUAAAACCUUUAAAAUGUUAGUCUGCUGAUUUCUGCAGACAUCUAGUGCUGAUCAUCACUGUUUAUUGUGGAAAAGAUUUCUAAAGCCCCAUCCACAAAUCUAAACCCACAGUCUAAGAAAAAAAAAAAAAAAGAAAACUUGUCAGAGGAAAUCCUAUUUGUUGCCCAAAUUUCUUUGACAGCUUUUGCAUGUGGAUAGAAAUUUAAGGCCAUCAGAAGGUUUUCCUGAUGCAGUGGCCUGAAGAAAAACACCUUGAUAGGAACUGCAUGUAAGAGUUUUCUUUCUUUCUUUUAUGUAGUUCAACCCUUGGAACUUCACUGGCCCCUCAAGUGUGAUCAAGGGUCUCGUAGUGCAUCUUGGGCAUAAUUCAGCCCAGGAGCACACAGAUUUGCAGUGGAUGCGUGUCUAACAUUCUAUCUGGAUUUCCACUGCUGUAUUAUCACCUUCAUAGAGGGAUCUCUUUUUCACAUUUGAACAGAAACGAUUAGCUGAGAUCAAGUAACCUGACCAUCUAAGUGAUUAUUACUGAUCCUUAAUAACAUUCGUGGUAAACUGUGCAUGUGACACUACCAGAAUGGGUUGAUCCAUGGUGUAAAUUGACAAUAUAAUGCAGCUUUGUCAUCAAGUCUCGUGUAUUGCAUUUCGUUCAACCAAUUUCAACUGACUUUCCUUCUCUUUCUUGUCUUUAUUUAAAAAAGAACCUAUACCCUUUGUGAAUUGUCUUUUGUCAUGGGAAAUCCAUUUGGCUUUGUUCCCUGAAGCCUCCCAAAAUGGGUGUUUCUCUCCCUUUCUCUCUCUUACUCUCUGUAAGUGGGCCUGAGAUUGCAAAGAAUGAAAUUGUAAACAUGUUUUAGACACAGCUGUAAAAUAUCUGUGCAAAAUUUGUCAAAUAGUAUCAGUGCUCUUGAAUGGGAUUAAUCUUUCUUUAAAAAAGUCUAUUGGGAACAAAACAAACAACAAAAGCCCCUUGCCAUUAAUUUUGUCUAACUAUUCACUUUAUGCUAUGCACAUAAGUCUCUGGCUGUGUUCAGUCAGACCAUUAUAAUUUAUGACAGUCUUUUCUAUCUGAAUUAUAAACGAAAACGUUAUGCGGGUGUUGUUGCAUACGUAAGCAUGUGGAUUUCUUUCAAAAAACUAUCUUGCUUCCAAACUGUCCUUUCAUUCCUUCAUACUGUAGAAGAUGUAUUGCAACACAGACUUCCAUGGAAAACAUUAGUGAUGUUUGUGAUAACUCCUUAGACAAAAAGCUCAGAGGGAUGUGAAAGGCUUUGAGAAUUGAUUGUACUGCUUAAAGUGUAUAGGCACAGAAUCUCAGUGGAAGAUCUUUCUACAUGCCUGCAUCCUUUGACAGGAGUGACUGUGUAGGUUCGGUAAAAAUCAGAGUAGCGCAAACAAGCAUCCCUGAGUUCCCAUAGCAGCCUUUAGCUCACUUUCUAUUUUUUUUUCAUUUUGGAGCUUCUUAUUUUGGUUUAUAGACUCACACUUUCAAAAUUUGUAACAUCUUUACAUCUUUAGUUAUCAACAACAUUAUCCUAUUGGUUAUUAACUUGUUCACAGUGUUCUAGAGCACAGAAGAUAGGUUAGACCUUUUCAGUUAGCAUCUUAGUGUUACUGAAAUACAGCAAGAAUAAUCAUAAUCAUAUAAAGUAAUGUGAAUUUCCUCUGUAGCUGCAUUUUAAAAGUUCAUCUUCAGAUCUGGUUUUGGCUUGUUUUGUGGGUUUCCCCUUUGCUAGCUCUCUCACAGACAGAGCUUACUAGUUGAGGUAUAUCUCAUGCAAUUCUUAAUUACUAAAAUUAAAUAAGCUGUUUCUUUAGAUAACUCUUUUCCAUGGAGGGAGACCAGUACCUCCAGAGGCCAUUCUUUCCUGUUCAAAGAGAUGUGCUUAAGGCAGCAGAGAAGAAUCACCUUCUAAGAUGCUUGCGUUGGUCUGGUGACUAGACAAGACCCCAGAAAAUUAAUGUAGAUAGGAUAUGUUUACAUGGAUAAAGUACUUGAAAUGAAUCCCCUGCUAAAGUGAAUACAGUAAUCCACUCAACGUGGAAUUCUGGAGUUUAACUUGAUAUUUUCACCACCAAUUUAAAUGGAUUAUUAUAUUGUAUGUGUCAGAUCCUUGACAUUUGACAGUCAAGAUUAAACAAGGUGCCAGGCUCAUCACUGCUGUUUAAAAAAAAAAAAAAUUACAGAAAAACCAUGUCUGUUUGCUCUGCUCACUCAGAGGUGAUAUGCAGAUUUAGAUCUGAAACCAGAUUUAGAUCUGGAACCAAAAUAGGUUCACUCACUUAGAAUUUUGGCACACACACAACCUUGCAAGCACAUGUUUUGGAGGAGCAAGUCAUACCUCCAGGAAGACUUAGAAUUGAUGUUUGCUGUCACAUUGACUCUCUGUGAGAUGAACUUUGGAACUUUGCAGAAUCUCACAUGGCCUAUGGGAUUCCAGCAGCUGUACCCUCAAUUUAUUGUCAGGUCUAUAUGUUUUAUUUCAGAGGUGUCUGUUCACAUGUUACUUUGGUUGCCUUCAUUUUGCAGCAAGGCUUUGUUUGAUGAUGUUCUGCUCUACCAGCAUCAGUUACUGAGCACCUUUUAGUUUCUACUAGAUAAAAUGAAGUAGUGAUGCUUUCCUGACUGUUGAAACUAGUGGAGUAGAAUGAGCAGCCAGUGGCACUCUGAGGUGUGUGUAUUGUGGUAGGGUAGAGGAAGGGCAACUGUGGUGAAUGUCAGACUGUGUGGGUCAGCUGUUCAAAUUUGUAGUCAUAUUUACUCCCCAAGAGAGGAUCUUUGCUGACACUGUUCCCUCUCUGUAUGCUUGCAUACUCCUUUUCAUCCUUCCUAAAGGAAGUAGUCAUAGGAAAAUUGCACAGCUUGAAUCUAGGAGCAAACCACUGAAGCCCAUACAAUAUUAGCGACAAUCUAAAAGUAGUAGUAUUUCUAGAAGAUAUCCAUUGCCUUCUUGUCUUGGAAGGAGUAUUCAAGAGCCUGCUGUGUGUUUUUGCUGCCAGUAGCUGAGUUUAAAGCAAGCAUCAAUUGUCAAGCCUAAUUCUGUAUGGAAACAGAAGCUAUUGUCACAUAGAAUAGAUGAUAGCUUGCAUCUUGCUUUUCUCUACUGGAGAUUGUACAAGGUGUUGGAGAGAAUAACAUCUCUAAAAUCUGGCUCUACCUGUUUGACGGAUACUUUAAGCAUUUGCAAAUUAAAGCUGUUAGCACCCUCAAAUGGGUUUUCUGUGGGAUUUUUACUUUCUUUCUUUUCUGAUGCACCCAAUUCAUUUUUAUUUAUUUUGUGUGUCUCUAUCCUUUCUCCCAAAUGUUGUAGGACCUUUGAAAUGCCUGGAACCUCAGGUGCUUCUGUCCAUCACUUUUGCAUCUCUAUGUCUGCCUGUGCCUAAGCAUUUUUUAGCAAAGACCCCAAGGGGAAGACAUAUCUGAGUGGCUCUGUCCUAUCUAACAGGACAGAUAUCUGCAGAAUUGCAAGAAGCACAGUCUGGUCAUUGUGCUGUAUGUUUUAAGGAAAAGGUGUUUAGGAAGGCCUUUCUUGCAGGAAGCUCAUGUUCCAUGGAAUAAUAAAAGAAGUUCUUCGCUUCUUUAGAAUUAAGGACUCGAAGCAUUUUUUAACAUUCUAUAUUCCCUUACUUGACCUAUAGAGGUAUUUUUCCUCUUAGAACUAAGAGUGAAACAGCAUAUUGCUCUGGGUUAUAGCUUGCAAAUAAUUACCCUUUACCAUGCAUAUUGGGGUGUAGUCCACAUUUUUGGACAAGUUGUCAUCACUUGAAAUCAGUGGAAAGAUCCUCAUGAGGUUGCAUGGGCUCUGGAUCAGGUCAGAAACUUCCACCAUCACCUGUGAUACGCAUGCAUCUAUAUACACAUAGUGUUAGCAUGCUCAAUGACCUGACAAGUUAUUUAUAUCCUAAUAUAGUUUCAUAAAAUUAUUUUAUGCCACACCAAACUAGUUAAAUGUUAACAUGGUUAAAUACAAAAUUAUUUGAGCUAUAGGAUGAUGCGAGUAAUUCUUGAAGUACUUGUUUCAUUAGUUUAAUCAAAUAUGCUAGUUCUUAAAGCUGAAUUUCUUCCAUUUUUUUAGCAACAGCAAAUUUUUUUCACAAAACAUGCACAGAAAAAAAAAAUCAGCCUCCAAGGUUAUGAGGUCUUUAACGAUUCUUAAAUUGUUCCUUCUUAUUAAAAAUAUUGCUAGUCUCUGAAAGACUGGGAAUAUUAGAUCAUGUGAUGAAUGAAAAUUUAUAAAAGCAAAACUAGUUAAGGAGAUUUUGAGAGUUACUGAAAAUUACAUUUAAACUUUCAGUAAAAUUUUCUUUAAAGCAACUGUAUCAGAACAAUACUUGGGUGCUCAUUAAUCCAAAAGGACUGAGGAGAGUCAAUUAUUCUGCAGUUACAUGGGAGCCUCUCUAAUGCAGCAUUAGAUAUGUUUUAUGCUAUUGCAGCCUAAAAUAAAAGAUAGAAUCCUGAGACAGAACAGAAAGACAGCAGAGCAGAUCUUUAAGUGGUAAAAGCCAGUGUUUGCAGUAGUUUCAGCAGAGCUCUGAAAGUUACAACAGUUGAGGCUUUGCUGUUCUGUGGCUGCUCAGGGUUGCACAGAAAAUCAGCAGCAGAGUCGAGAACUGACCCUGGAUGAGAGUGUGUGUGUGUGUGUGUGUCCAGUGUGUUAAUCACAAGACCGUCCUUCCUCAGUUAUUGCUAGUCUUUCUAAUCUUUCAUGUGAGGAAGGUCUUGCAGGUUACCUAGUAGUGUACUUGUGGUUUGGACAAGUUCCAUAAAUCCACAGGAUACCUGCAACAGCUUUCAGAUCUUCUGUCUGUGGACAUUUAAGAUUUUGUUCAUGUUUCAUUCUUAAGUUUUUUUAGUGCCCCGCAAGAAACUGAUAAAAGCCAGGUAAAAGCAAAACUUAAAUAAACUGUAGAUCAAAUAAUGAAGCCAUCUCUUUGAAUACAGGCCUGGUGGUUUCUCCACUGCCCCCAUUAGCAAAAUGAGUAGUUUUGUGAGAUCUGAUAGUUACUGGGUUUUAAUGCAGGGUAGAGAGUUUGCUGUCUCAGUGGAUAUUAGUGUUCGGCAAGGACUAUCAGAGAACUAGUAUAGUACUUCCCAAGCAUAAAGAAAGAGUGACAAAAAUGCAUGUGAUCAUGCACUCACAAACACAAGAGAACUUACCGUUGCUGUUUUAAAUGUCAUGGUUGUUAUUUGCUUGGGGCAGGAACCACGUUUUUCUUCCAUUUUUGCAGUGCCUUGUGUUUGGGCCGUUCUGUUACUUACCUCUCCCCAUUUAGGAUUAGUAUCAGGGCAGCCUUUUCUGCAAUAGUGCGAAGUAAUCUGCAUAGCAUUCCUGUUGAGAAAGUGAACCAGAUCUUUAUUCAACCGAACUUGAUGGAGAAAAAAGUGAUGGUUUACUCCCACUCUGGAAUUUCAUAUAUUCCUAAUUUAUAAAGCUUGAAGAGCCAAUUAUGCUUAUUUAACUUAUUCUGUAUAAAUUCAAAGACUUGUCAGCAUCCGUUCCUGUCUGAACUAAUGCAAAGCUUGUAUGAUAAAGUCUACCACCAUCUUGAUUGAAUGUUUUCCAGUUAAGACAACCUUAUUUCAGUGUUUAAUUACCUUCACUGAUAAAAGUUCAUUAUUUCUAGCCUAAACUCAUUUAGCUUCUGUUCCCAGCUUUUGAAUCUUGUUGUAUAUUUGCUGAAAUAAAGUGCCUUUUAUUAUACGUA